CCCGAUGAUAUUAUUCAUUACUUCAUUCUCUCGUCUUGUUUCAAAAAUGGAUAAUCACGACGAUAAGUCAAAAUCAGAUCGUUUCUGUGAUAUAAAUAACAACAUGACUACUCAAUUUGAUAGGCUAUCAAUAAAUUCAGACGCUUCUUUGGUAAUAACUUCGUCGAGACUGGCUAUGCAAGGAGCCGAUGAGACCUCUGAUUGGACACCAAAUAAAUAUUCCUGGUUUAAGCUCGUUACCCCAAACCCGGUGGAAACACGUGUAGUUCAACAAAAAGCACAAAUGAAAGGACUAAAAAUCCAUAAAAUGGUGCACAACUUUAUUCCGUCAAGGAAACAAGGAUAUCUUGGAUACUACAACUUCGACGUCAAAAGCUAUGAGGAGUCUGAGAAGGCCAGGAAUUUAUUCCCAACAGACUUUGUUGAUGCCUUCUGUUGUCAACAUCUUCUUGGAAAGAACGAGCAAGAAUUUGUCUUCCAUGCGGUUAACGAAAAUGAUCUGAAGAUUCUCUGUUGCAUUGCAACAUAUUGCAAGGAAACGAAGCUGGACGCACCGUUGGAUCCAAUGCAGCACCUCAACAACCUCAACUUGUUCUACGAAGCGAUUAAUAAUGAGAGGGCAUUCAUUAUUAUGAAAGAUUUCAUGUCAGAUAAUGGGAUGAAGUAUCUUUGUCGACUCAAGAAGGACAUCACCGACAUUCGUGACAGAAGAAACAAUAACUGAACUCGAAUAAUGAAUUCAGAGAAUUUAAACUUAAUAAACUUGAUUUUCUACAAAU